AUGCAGUCGUCUGUUGGUAGCCUGAAGAUCUUUAGAGCUGGUAGCGGGCGGGUGCGCGCCUGUUCAGAGCUGCUGCCGCCGCUGACCUCUCAGAGCAGUCAGCGGAGCCUGUCUGAAAUGGAGAAGAACAGCGGGCUGAUUCAGGCAGCGAAGGAGGAUUCAGUCAGUGAGCUGCAGACGCUGCUGGCAGCUGGUGCGGACGUGGGGGCGAGAGAUGAGAGCGAGGACAGGUGCACCGCCCUCCACUGGGCAGCAAAAAAGGGACAUGUGAAGGCAGCGAGGUGCCUGGUGGAGGGUGGAGCAGAGGUGGACGCCAGGAGCAGCGACUGGCAGAGCACACCCCUGCACAAGGCUGCAGGUAAUGGCCACGAGGCUGUGGCGCGGCUGCUGCUUGAGGCAGGGGCGGAGGCUGAUGCCAGGAACAAAACGCAGAGCACGCCCCUGCACCUGGCUGCAUUGGAAGGCCACGUGGCUGUGGUGCGACUGCUGCUGGCGGCCACUCCUUACCACAACGCCAGGAAUCAGUGGGGGCGAACGCCGCUGCACUAUGCGGCUCUGAACGGCCACGCAGAAGUGGCAGCUGCACUGCUUGAGGCAGGGGCUGACCGCUGGGCAAGGAAUAACGAGGGGAAAACACCACUGGACCUUGCCAGACAGAACAACCACCAGCAGCUGAUAGACAUUCUAAACGCGCCGGCCUCUACGGACGGCAGUCCGCGCCUCAGCAGUGGGCCGCAGGGAGACCGUGGCCACACCCCUGCCACUGCUGCGCCGCCCACGGCCAGCCGCACCGCUCCUCAACCAGAUGACUCUGCCGUCUCUCGCCUGCGGAGCCUUCCUGAAAAGGAGAAGAACAGCAGGCUGGUUCAGGCAGUGAAGGAGGAUGCAGUCACCGAGCUGCAGACGCUGCUGGCAGCUGGUGCGGACGUGGGGGCGAGGGAGGAGAGCGAGGACAGGUGGACCACCCUCCACUGGGCAGCAAACAAGGGACACGUGAAGGCAGCGAGGUGCCUGGUGGAGGGUGGAGCAGACGUGGACGCCAGGUGCAGCAGCUGGCAGGAGACACCCCUGCACAGGGCUACAUUCAAUGGCCACAAGGCUGUGGCGCAGCUGCUGCUGGAAGCAGGGGCGGAGGCUGAUGCCAGGAACAAAACGCAGAGCACACCCCUGCUCCUGGCUGCAGAGAAAGGACAUGUUGGUGUGGUGCGGCUCCUGCUGGCGGCCACUCCUUACCACAACGCCAGGAAUCAGUGGGGGCGAACGCCGCUGCACAAUGCGGCUCUGCACGGGCACGCAGAGGUGGCAUCUGCACUGCUCGACGCUGGGGCCGACCGCUGGGCUAGGAAUAAUGACGGGAAAACCCCACUGGACCUAGCCAGGCAAAACAACCACCAGCAGCUGAUAGACAUGCUAAGCGUGCCGGCCUCUGCAGACGGCAGUGGGCCGCAGGGAGACCGCGGCCGCACCCCUGCCACUGCUGCGCCGCCCACGGCUGCCCGCACUACUCUUCCGCCAGAUGACUCUGCCGUCUCUCGCCUGCGCCACUACACAAUGCGAUCUGCGGGGGCAUGA